CUCAGUCCCAGCCCUGCCUGGCCCACGGCAGGCAGCAGCUGCCUGCACCCCUCGCUGGCGCAGCAGGCAGCACCUGGCAGCGACCAGCUCAUUGCCCUCUCCUCUGGACCGUGGUGGGUCAGUACUGUGUCGGCGCUGGGGAGGAGGAAGAAGAGGAGGAGGAAGUGGCUGUUGGAUGCUCACGGUGAUGCCCCUCUUGGGAUGGCGUAUUGGUGAGGGUGAUGGGGACACACCCCACUUCAGGGGCUCCUGACCCGUUGGUCUGGGAGGGCACCCCAAGCUGUGCUGGAGGGAUGACGGGACUCUGUGCAGACGCUGCUGCCUUUAAACCCUUCUGGCAGCCGUGCUGAAGGCCGCCUCCUGCCCUGGAGCAGCGCCCACAUCCUGCACCCAGCCCUGAGGGGACUCGGGGGGGUGGCAGGUGAGGGAGGUGGCGGUGGGGCAGCUGCCCCCAUGGAGCUGGCAGUGGGCGAGGAGGCAGAGCCUGGACCCCAGCCGGUGCAGGCAGCCGAUGGGGAAGGCUGUGCCAGGCAGCAGGAUGAGAGCGACACUGCGGGGUCGGGGGGCCCUGGGGAGCCGCCCCUGCUCUGCGGAGAGGCACCCACCACUGCCUGGGGAUGCUGGAACCCGCCGCCGUCAGAGGACACAACGGAGUCGCUCCUGCCUGGGCAUGACGAACCACCUGCCCAAGGUGCCUCCCUACCUGCCGGGCAGGACCCUCCCGCUGCUGCCGCCACCAGCCCCAUCCUGCCCCGUGGGGGGAGCCUGGCGCCAUGGCGGGGGUCGCCCAGCCUGGAAAGCGCCUCCAGCUCCAUCCUGAGCUUCUCCGGCGAGGAAGAGGAGACAUCGAGCGAUGAGGCGGUGGCAGCAGCAGAGCCGUGCCACACGCUGGCAGGCAGCGAGGACGAGUGCCCCAUCUGCACGGAGCCCUACGAUGAGCAGCGGCACAAACUGGCCCUGCUCAACUGCAACCACGGGCUGUGCCACGCCUGCCUGCGUGCCAUCAUGGACACGGCUGCCGGCGCUGAGUUCGGCCGCGUGCGCUGCCCCAUCUGCCGCCAGAAGACACCCAUGCUGGAGUGGGAGAUCUGCAAGCUGCAAGAGGAGCUGCUCCUGCUGCACGUUCAGCCUGGCUCCACUGAUGCCCUGGCCACCCCCCGGCCCCCCGCCCUGCCACCCCGGCGCCCAGGCCUUGCCGGUGCCCUCGAGCAUCGCUUCCAGGUGCGCUUCCACACCAGCCGCAUGUUCGGGUGCCUGCCCUGUGUCCGGUACCCACCCUGCCUCAUCCGUGGGCUGGGGCGGCUGGAGCACCGCUGCCGCUGCUGCUACCUCCUGGUGCUGGCACUGCUGCUGGCAGCCGAAAUGCUCAGCCUGCUCCUCAUCUUCCUUCCCAUCGUCCUGAUGGUGCUGCUCUUCCUCAUCCUCGAUAAGUAGUGCUGGGUCCAUGCUUGCAGUCUGGGCCAUGCGUGAGGAGAGGAGUCCUGCUCCUGCAUUGCCCCUGGGGCUGCUGCUGGGUGGUGAUGCCAGCCUGGGAGCAAGCUUGUGAACCCAGGGGCCUGGGAUACUCCGGCGCUGCCAGUGAGCCUGCAGCAGUUGAGGCAGCGGAGGAGCUGCAGUGGGCAGCUGAGGGAGGUGACCCCAAAGCUGGGCAUUGCCUGCACCCCACCGGACACUGGGUGACACGUCACUGCAGCAGUGAAGGGGCCGAUGGGGCGGGAGCCCUUCCUGCACCGUGGGCAUGUCUCUGGUGGGGGGCUGGGAACCGGAGGGUCGCCGCAGGCAGAGCGGGGCUGUGCUGUGAGCUGCGCUGCACACCCCUGGGACAGACAGACUGGGGUUCCCCAGCGUGGAGUGAAAAUACGACUCGCAUUUGUACCAUGACUGUGUCCAGCUGAGUUCACUGCUUGGUCCAGGCUGAGCAUGUCCACUUGUGGUCCAGCGGUGACGCAAGGAGGGGACAGGGUCAGGCAGUGGUCCCCAAGCCCCCACUGCAACACCUCCCAGCCCCGGCUGAGUGGUGCCAGCCCGUGCUCAUGCCUUGCACUUCGUGGCGAUAAGAGAGCAAACACGGCUCGGUCCCCUGCA